AUGACUUCAAUUGCUCCAACCACUUCAAUUAACUCAAAGAUUCAGAAAAGGGAGAAAAACAGACAUACGACGGCGUUGAAGAGUGUGGACUUGCCGACGUUGGGUAGGCCAACAAUGCCGGCUCUCAAGCUCAUGCUAAUCCUUGCGGCUGAGAAGCGCCGCCUGACGACGAGCAUUGGGUGCGAGGUCUUCAGAAGGUUUGGGCAUCGGAAAAUGAGAGAGGGAUUGAGCGCUAGGGAUGGAGAGCGCAACACUAAUCUCGCCAUUAGCG